UCAUCUCAUCACUGAUCUCUAUCUGACAGAACAUUGAACAUAUCAAUCAACUACCAUAUUGCUAGUCUUAACAUGUCUACGCCAGUCAAAAGCCAGCUUCAUCUCGUGCUAUAUCGAGGAUUCCCAGUUUCUAAUACCUAUGUGUGGUCACCAUUUGUCACAAAGCUUGAAGCGCGCCUUCGAUUCGCCAAGCUCCAGUUCCGCAUCGACCAAGGUUCAAUGAGCAAAUUACCCCGUGGUAAAUUACCCUACAUCGAGAUCACCCACCCCAAUCAAGAUCAACCAACGAACUUGAGUGAUACCAGCCUCAUAAUCCAACGACUCAUCGACGAUGAUGUUUGCCCAGACCUGAACGAAUCCCUCUCACCAGUCGUCAGGGCUCAAGAUGCUGCCAUCCGCGCCCUUCUCGAGGAUAAGCUAGCCUUCUACCAACCAAUUCAACCCCUCAUUGGUCUCCUUGUCUAUCGUGGCGUGACUCGGACUCUUUAUGGCCAAGACACUGGUCGUUUCUCCAGCGAAGAGCUUGCAGGAUUCCGUCGGGAUGUUUGGGGGCAUGUUAACGCACUUUUGAGCGAGGCUCGCCUUACAGCUCCUGAUAUUCAGACCCCAUUUUGGGUUUUGGGUGGCAAGAGUCCCUCUGAGGCGGAUGCGACUGUCUUUGGCUUCAUUUCCUCAGGCCUGGUGGCUCCGGAUAGUAAAGGUGUCAUCAUGAGUUUCCCUGUCUUGGUCGACUAUGCAAAGAGAAUCCAUAACGUCUAUUUUGAGGAGUAUGCUUUGUGGGACGAAGAUGCGUGAGGGAUCCAGAAAGAAAUAUGGCUUUGGGGAACAAAUACCACUUGGAUCACAACCAGCACGUCAACUAAUUUGCUUGAGACUUUGAGUUGUAAUUGUUUUUAUGCCAAAUAAUAUAUCAGGAAGACCACAUAUGUUCAACCAGCUUAAACGCUACCAUCUCUGCAGAAGGUCGUAGUGGAGAACUGAUCCGCACAGCAAUCGGUGUAGGCUUGACGAUCAGCUGGCUCACAUUCAUAGCCAUUCCAUUUCUGAAUGUCAGGGCAGCAAGUGAUUGAUGCAGUUGUGCUGCCAUCGCACGAGCAAAGAAUGGCUUGCGACACACCGAUGAACGGGCUAUUAUUGAGUUUGGCGUCAGAGAAGCUCGCAUGAAAGGUACAUGUACCCACGCGGAAGCUACACUUACACGAUCGCGAAGAGG